AUGAAUACAAAUCUCUUGUAUAUACCGUUCAGGCAGUCCCGACCCAUUGAUUUGGGAGAAGAAUUGAGACAAGUCAUAAAAUCAGAUUACUUCCAGCCUCCACUGACAUUCGAAGCUGAUUUACAAUUAAUCACCGGACUUCGUAACAACAUCACAGGUUUGAAAAAUGAACAAGUAUCAUUAGAUACUGAAGGUUUACUAAAGGACUAUUAUGUGUAUCUCACAAGUAUCAGGAAAAAAUUCCCUGAUGAUUGUAUUGAAUUUGGAUGGUACAGUACCCUAUCAUCAUUUCCUACUGGACCAGCCAAAUCAAGAUCGUUUAAGAUUGAAGAACUAAAUAUUGUGUACCAAUUGGGUAGUGCGUAUUCUCAGCUUGCAUUAUUGGAAUCAAGACAUACUGAUGAAGGUUUGAAAAAUGCCUGUGCGUACUUUCAAUUAUCUGCAGGGUGCUUUGAGUAUAUGUUAAGUAUAAUGAAGACUGAAAGUGAAGAGCAAACUAAUCCCAUGAGUAUACCGAAUGAUUUACUGAUAACAACGAUUGAAUGUUUGAAACAACUUAUGUUAGCACAGGCUCAAGAAACUAUUUGGCAGAAGGCUAUUGGGAAUCCCACAUUGAAGGAUUCUGUUAUUGCUCGAUUAUCCAUACAAACAUCUGACUAUUAUUCAUUAGCAUUAUCUAAUGCUCAAGUAUCUGAUUUCAUAAAAUUAGAAUGGAUAAACCAUAUAUCCAUCAAGAAAUAUCACUUUAAAUCAGCAGCUAAUUAUCGAAUGUCACUAGUGGCUCAAGAUGCUUUCCAAUAUGGUGAACAAGUUGCCUAUUUGCGAGUGGCUGAUGAUACUUGUAAGGAAGCACAAUCUUAUAAACGGUUUGUUAAUCAGUUUGUAGUUGAAGAUUUCGAAGGUUUAACCAACACUGUAGCUAAUUCAUUAAGGGUGGCAGUGAAAGAAAAUGAUCUUGUUUAUCUAAAGAUUGUGCCUAAUACUAGGGAUUUGAAACCAUUGGUAGGUACAUCAAUGAUUAAAAUAAAUAUCCCUCAAGUACUACAAGAGAAUCCUCCAAAGGAUAGGGCUAUCUUCAAAGCAUUAUUGCCUCAUGUAAUAAUACAAGUUUCUCAAGCAUUCCAUGAAAGAAGAGAAAAUUACAUUCGAGAAAGAUUUCAUGAACCAUCACAAGCUUUAAAUAAUAUGUUAGCCAAAUUUUUAGCUGAUCGUGGAUUACCAGCAUCUAUAGAUUCGAUUCAACAGCCAGAGAAUUUACCAAGAUCCAUUAUACAACAUUCUCAAGAAAUAGUUUCAUUGGGUGGAACUCAAAUUAUCGAUCAGUCGAUUCAAGAAAUUGUCGAUUUGGCCACAGAAAGUAGAAGAUUGAUUGAUGAAUGUUCUGGUCGUAUUGAACUAGUAGAAGAGGAAGAGGAAUUUUUGAAAGACAGACAUUCUGGAUAUUCUAUAUCCAUAACUCCAACAAAGAAGGCAGCCAAUGACUUAAUUGAGAAAAUUAACAAGAUGUCUAUUUAUUUGGAUCAAGCUAAGUCUGGAGACAAAGUAGUUACAGCCAAGUAUCAGGAAUUAAAACCUUUGUUAGAUAUAUAUUGUGGUGGAUAUGAAUCUUUAAUCCGAUUUGUACCAGAUUCAUCCUAUAUUGCAUUAGAUGGUAAGGUAUCGGCUAUAAUCUCAGACUUAAGAAAGGCUCUUAAUGAGGGGUCUAAAAUAGAAGAGAACCGGAGAGAAAUUAUUGCAGGAUUAGAAGUUAAAGUUAGGGAUAAUAAUAUUCUUCCUCUAGUUCUUGAAGAAUAUAAAGAUAAUCAGGAUAAAAUCUAUGAUGAUAAUGGAAAUAUUAAAACAAGAGCAUUUGAAUCGCUCUAUGAUAGGAAUCUUCAAAUCUUCCGGGAAGAUUUGAAGCAAUUAGAAGCUCUGAAGAAUAGACAAAUAGCAUUUGAAAAUGAAAUUGAUAUGUUGAAUAAUCGGUUUGUUACUGAGUUUCGUUCUGGUAAUGAUCGUUCUCAAACCAAGAGAAAGGAAGUCUUACAAACAUUGGAAAAUGUUUACGUCAAAUAUUUGGAUGUAAUGUCCAAUUUGAAUGAAGGAUCAAAAUUCUAUAUUGAUUUCAUUACUAAAGGUAAUGCAGUGUUGCAGGAAUGUGAUCAAUUCUUGUUCCAAAGAAGGCUACAAGCUCGAGAAAUCGAACAAGAUAUUUUUAGUAGAUUACAUACGAACGACAUCAAUCCUACAGUGCUGAGAGAUAUACCACUUCACGCACCAGAAGCUAAAGGAGGUUUAUUGAACCCAAAUCAAGGGAUCAAAUUUGACUGAGAAACUCAAAAUUUUAUUUUGAGCUAUGUCUCAUGUCUCGGUAUAUACUUUUUUUUUUCAGGACUAUGUAAAUAUAUAUGGACC